UUGGGCCGCUAGGAGCGAACGGAGAGUAGAGAGUUUUUAAUGUCCGCCAUGUUGGCCAUGGCGUAUUGAACCGGGGAGAGUAAGCGGAGUGACUGAAAAAAGAGACCGAGAGAGAGCGACCAAGAUCCGGGCCUUCCCGGCUCCGUUCGCCUUCGCCAUUUAUACAUAUUUUUAUCAAUCGAUCAAUAGACUCCUGGAGAACGCAACAGACCCAUCCAUGAGAAAUGAAACGGGAUCAGUUGUGAAUUUUAGGGGAUCGGAUAGAUUUAUGCUGCAUCUCGAAUUAUAAAAAUGAGUAAAUUGUCGUUUCGGGCACGGGCGCUGGACGCUUCCAAGCCACUACCCGUCUUCCGCUGCGAGGACUUACCCGACCUGCACGAAUAUGCCUCUAUUAACCGGGCAGUACCGCAGAUGCCGACUGGAAUGGAGAAAGAGGAGGAAUCGGAGCACCAUCUCCAGAGAGCCAUCUCGGCGCAGCAGGUCUACGGGGAGAAGAGAGACAGCAUGGUGAUCCCCGUGCCCGAAGCAGAGAGCAACAUCGCGUACUACGAGUCUCUCUACCCCGGGGAGUUCCACAUGCCCAAGCAGCUCAUUCACCUGCAGCCUUUCAGUCUGGAUGCGGAGCAGCCGGACUAUGACCUGGACUCGGAGGACGAGGCGUUUCUGAACAAGCUGAAGAAGAAGAUGGAGCUGACUCCGCUGCAGCUGGAGGAGAUGAUCGACCGGCUGGAGAAGGGCAGCGGGCAGCAGAUGGUGACUCUGCCGGAGGCCAAGCUGCUCCUGAAGGAGGACGACGAGCUGAUCCGGGAGGUGUUCGAGUACUGGACCCGCAAGCGGAAAACCUGCAAGAGCGCCUCCCUCAUCCCCACCGUCAAACAGGAGAAGCGCGACGGCUCCAGCACCAACGACCCGUACGUGGCCUUCCGCAGGAGGACCGAGAAGAUGCAGACGCGCAAGAACCGUAAGAACGACGAGGCGUCGUACGAGAAGAUGCUGAAGCUCCGUCGGGACCUGAGCCGGGCCGUGACCAUCCUGGAGAUGAUCAAGAGGCGGGAGAAGAGCAAGAGGGAGCUGCUGCACCUGACCCUGGAGAUCAUCGAGAAGAGGCACAGCAUGGCGGACUUUGGCGGUGAGAUAAUGGCGGAGGUCCUGGCCCAGAGGGCGCUGGUGAAGCCGCUCUACACCGUACCCAUCAUCCCCUCACCGUACCGCCACCAGGACCACAUGGAGCUGAAGGACUACAAACCCAAAGUACGCCCACAUUUGGGUCGGCCCCUACAAGGGUACAAACCCAAGCCGGAGAAGACGGAAGUCGUGAGGACGAAGAGGAAAUACGAGAAGAAGCCCAAAGUCUUGCCUUUAUCCGCCUCCACCCCAAAUUCGGGACCUUCCAUAUUCAACGCCAAGGACCUGAACCAGUACGACUUCCCCAGCUCUGACGACGAGCCCCAGAUGCUCUCAGGCUCCUCUGACGCGGAGGAGGAGAACGAUCCAGACGGUCCUUUCGCUUUCCGACGGAAGGCAGGCUGUCAAUACCACACUUCUCGAUUGGACCAAAGCGGCAGCUGGCCCUGGGACAGUCCCGUGGGCGGUGGCCCUGGACACUCCCGCUACAGAUACUGCCUCACCACUCUGACCGUACCUCACCGCUGCGUGGGGCUGGCGCGGAGACGCGUGGGCCGGGGGGGCAGGGUUUUGCUGGACAGAGCGCACUCGGACUUUGAGCAGGUAUUUCAUGGGCUGGAUCCGGAAAUGCUGGCCUCCCCGCCCCUCUCGCCAGCGGGCCGGCUGGGCGGUACCUCAGAAACACAGCAGACCUCGGACAGAGCCGCCUCUGUGGACCUCAGACAGAUACUGUUGAACAUUAAAGCGUGUCGUUGGAGACACUUCAGGCCCCGGACACUCCCACUGCACGACUCAGACUGCAGGCACGCCUCCAGGAGGAACUCCCGCGGAUACCGUUUGUCCUCCACCCAACCCGGGACCCAGUCCAGCGCCUCCGCUCCCGGCCGAGGGGCCCCCGCUCCCAGCCGAGGGGCCCCCACGCCCGUCCCUGCGCUGACGGCUGAGCAGUACCAGGAGCACCAGGAGCAGCUGGCUCUGAUGCAGAAGCAGCAGCGUGAGCAGAGCCAGCAGCAGCGUGAGCAGAGCCAGCUCCAGCUGCAGCCGAGCAGUGGGGCGACCGUGCCCUGCAGCAUCCAGGGUUUGGUGUCACAGACUCUGGACUCUGCUGGAGCGCAGUUUGCUGCCACCGCUCUGGUGUCGGCUGAGCAUCUGGUGCUCCUGAAGGCCAAGGAGGAGCCAGCACUGGGGUCAGGGGUCAACGGCGUCCUGCAGGCCUCCGGAGUAUAUAAGGGCUUACACCUCUCGAGCGCCACGCCCGCUGCCCUCGCCCCCUUGAGCCAGUCUCCCGCCCCCGGGGGCCCCGCCUUUUUCCAUCCCUCCAGCAACAGCAACCACGGCAACAGUGCCGCCCCGGCGAUGCCCACGCAGCCGGCCGGUCACCACGGCGCCGCCGCCCCCACUACUCAGGUUCUGAUGGGCAGCGGCGUGCGUCUGCGUGUGCCCUCUCCCGCCGGGGCCGCCGUGGGGAACGCCAUCGCCUCUCUCAGCGCCCGCCACCUGCCCCGCGCUCUGACCACCGUCGCCCCGUCUGCCUUAAAGCUGGCCGCCGCUGCCAACCGCCAGAUCUCCAAGGUCUCUGCCACGCCCAACAUGGACCUGGGGCCCAGGGAAAACCGUGAGAAAGAGAAGACAGCCCUGAGCAGCAUAGCAGACACCACAGUGGCCAUGGAGGUCACGUAGGGGCGGGCCCCGGGGGUGGGGCGGGGCCUGGGCGCAGGGGCGGGGCCUGGGCGCUAUGCAUCGUAGCAUUGUGAAUGCAAAGCGACGACGGAAUGCGGCACGUUCUGUUUCCAUGGCAACUUCGUUGGGACUCGAUUGCAAUGCUCAUCUCUCAUGCUUUUCUCUGUCCAUUCUUUGUUACUGUUAAUAAGAGGUAUCAAAGCGUCUGUAAAUUAUAAAUAUGGCUAUUAUAUGUACAGUAAUGACCCCCCCCCCCCCCUUGUAUAUACGUUACUUGAAUACGGAAACUGUUCAUUGUGAUGUUUUGCACUUGGGGAAAAAAAAUGUGCAACUGGUGAGAGAGAUGUGAGUUUGUAUAGCGAAGAGCUGUCAUCACUUGGUGCAUGGUGCGGAACCUGCUGUUUUAACUAUUUAUUGUGCCGUGUUUACAGGUUUGUUUUUGUUUGUUUUUUUGUUUUGUUUUUGUUUCUUUGUACACUGUACCAUCUUUGACUCCCGUGACGUAGUUAAAUGUGUUCGGUAGCUAUGGACUCCUCAGUCAUUUGUAUAUUGUGAACAUAACUAGGUUCCCUCGUCAUGGAGGUAAUGAUGACACAUACAGAGGGAGGGGGGGUGUGGGGGUGAGGGAGGAUAAUCAAGGCCUUUGUCCCGAUAAGUAACAAACCUGGGAUGAAGUCACUUCCCAGAAGCCACUGGGGCUUCUGAAUUAAGCACUAUUUCUUGUUUUAAUUGCUGCUUUUAUAUAAUUUCGGUCUAUCUUUUUUGUUCGUUUUUGUUUUUAUCCCAGUUUCUUUUUGUAAGAACUUAAAAAAAUUUUUUUUACCUCUUUCUUGUGAUGACUGUAUGCUCCUUGUGCUGAAAGACCUCUCUCUCUCUCUCUCUCUCUCUCUCUCUCUCUCUUUUGUUACUUGUUGAUAAAAUAGGAUAUAAGGGAGGCAGGUGAAUGGCAGUAAUUGCUGUAUGUGUUUCAUCAAUUGAGUUUAUAGAAAAGGAUAAAGAAAACAGCCAGACUUCUUACCCCCCCCCCCCCCCCCCUUUCUGAAAUUAUGCGGAAGGCGGAGUGGCCCGAGCCCUCGUGUCGGUGCCUUCCUUUGGAAACUGAGCUCUCUUCUGUGAAGAGUACGGUACCAAGCAGGGCUAGCGCUGGUGGUGUUGGGAGCGGAGCUGAAUGCCCUGUCCACUGGCAUGACCUAAUCCUGGAGGUUCCUUCGUCCCGCCUGGAAGAUGGAAACGUGGCAGAACUCUCUCCAAAUGAAAAAAUAAAGAAACCCCAGGGCAUUAUAUGUUGACCAGCA